UCCGGCUGGCUCCUCCGGCAGCGGCGGCGGCGGGAGGGGGGGCUGGGCGCCGCUGCAGCCCCCAGAGCACCAGGCUCGCCCGGGGAGGUGCGGGCGGUUCGGCCCACGCAGGACCCUGGAGCCGAGCGUGGGCGUGAUGAGCCAGGUACUGGGCAAGCCUCAGCUGCAGGGUGAGGACGGCGGCGACGACGAGGAGGAGGAUGAGCUGGUGGGACUGGCGGGCUACGAGGACGGGCCCGGGUCCUCGGACGGCGAGCUGGACAGCGGGCCGGAGGAGGGAGUUCUGGACUUGAGCGACCCCUUCAGCACUGAGGUGAAGCCCAGAAUCCUGCUCAUGGGUCUCAGAAGGAGUGGCAAGUCGUCCAUACAGAAAGUUGUUUUUCACAAGAUGUCCCCAAGUGAGACCCUGUUCCUGGAAAGCACCAACAAGAUCUGCCGGGAAGACGUCUCCAACAGCUCCUUCGUCAACUUUCAGAUUUGGGACUUCCCAGGGCAGAUUGACUUUUUUGACCCAACCUUUGACUACGAGAUGAUCUUCCGGGGAACAGGAGCGCUGAUCUUCGUCAUCGACUCCCAGGAUGACUAUAUGGAAGCGUUGGCCAGGCUCCACCUCACAGUGACCAGAGCCUACAAAGUGAACACGGACAUUAACUUCGAGGUGUUCAUUCAUAAAGUGGACGGUCUGUCAGAUGAUCACAAAAUUGAAACCCAAAGAGACAUUCACCAGAGGGCCAACGACGACCUUGCAGAUGCUGGCUUAGAAAAAAUUCACCUGAGCUUUUAUCUGACAAGCAUUUACGAUCAUUCAAUAUUUGAAGCCUUCAGUAAAGUGGUUCAGAAACUGAUCCCACAACUCCCGACGCUGGAGAAUCUGCUGAAUAUCUUUAUCUCAAAUUCCGGAAUUGAAAAGGCAUUUCUGUUUGAUGUGGUCAGUAAGAUUUAUAUUGCAACUGACAGCACUCCAGUGGACAUGCAGACUUACGAGCUCUGCUGCGAUAUGAUUGAUGUGGUGAUCGACAUCUCUUGUAUUUAUGGUCUCAAAGAAGAUGGAGCGGGAGCCCCGUAUGACAAGGAGUCCACAGCCAUUAUAAAGCUGAAUAACACAACGGUUCUUUAUUUAAAAGAGGUCACAAAGUUCUUGGCGCUCGUAUGCUUUGUCAGAGAGGAAAGCUUUGAAAGAAAAGGCCUUAUUGACUAUAAUUUUCACUGCUUCCGGAAGGCCAUUCAUGAGGUGUUCGAGGUGAGAAUGAAGAUGGUGAAAUCUCGAAAAGCCCAGAGUCGCUUACGGACGAAGAAAGGAGCUACUCCUAAUGGAACCCCUCGCAUGCUGCUGUAGGGGGGUUGUCAGGAGCCUGAGCCCAUGCGUGUGAUGUGGGUGCUGAGCCGCACUGCACCUCAGGAAGGAGGAGCCUGCGAAACGGACGUAGAUUUGUUCAGGACAAAAGAAAGUACUCUCUUUUUAAAAUAAAAUGAGCACUUCGAAGCAGAAACCUGUACAGUAACAAUAAAGUGAGCCCACUCUACUUUCGCUGCAUAAAUGUAAACUUCCGUGUUGAUAAUCAGAAACACCCCUCCCCCCGUGAGAACUGCCAGGAACUGUACAUAUUUUGCACUUUUUCACAUUUUUUUUCCUCUGGAGACGAACUUUGAUAAGGACUUUUCUAAACUCUUUUCUGUACUUGAUGUCAAGGGCAUGCAUACUAUGGUUUAUAUGGCCAUCGGAAAUUCAUCCAAAGUAAUACAUUGGUAAAGACUUUUUGUAAAUUGGGGAACCUUUGCUAUCAAUUGUUAAGGGGGAAAUCAUUUUUCAGUGGAGCAGGGGCAGGUCCGGGCUGGGAGUUCCAGGCAAGAACAGUAAGAACUUGUGUUUGUAAUGAGUGCAAAUGGGAAUUUUCUAGAAGAACAUCAGUACCAGGCUUCCAUCCAAGUCUGUAUCCCUAUGGCCAUGCCUUUCUGCUCACCCAGUCUUUGUGAAACCCUCUCCCUCUGCACACAUCUUUGUAGUCGGUGUGUUCAAGUGGGUGACUUCUUUUUGCUGCGUUAUUCUAAUGAACCUUAGGGACCAGAUUUCUAAAACGAUGCCAGUUAGUGUAAAGAUACGUGAAUGUUGGGGGAGAUAGCACGGGUUUGUUGGGGAGAAAAUUCUGGAGGCACUUCCAUACCUGCCAAGGAGGUAAAAUAACACAGGCCGGGAGGGUCCCCAGAGAGUCUCAGUGGCAGGUGGCCUCUCAGACUGGGUAUGCUUGUGUACCUGUUUGUGUUUGGCUCCUGCGAAUGGCCUCUUGUGCUGUGUUUAAAGUCUUUGUUCAGGACCAGUUUUCAGUGCCCCAUGGCCACAGGGGGAGCAGGUCUUUUGUCUUCACUAUGGAGUUUAGUCCUUGGUGGCUCCAUUUGGUACCCGAAUUACCCGUCCAUCUGUGACAGUUUGCCUUGUGUCCUCCACCCGUACCUACCAAGUUCAGCUUGCUACCAGCUUGCUCUGUGAGAGAAUUCUGACACGGGAAAGCUUGUGGCCUGUGGGAAAAGGUCAGCCUCAAGAGGUUAGCCAUGAGUUUCUCUAGAUGAGCAGGGAAUUGAAGUCAUAUCUCGGCUCCUUUUCUUAAUAGUUUUACAAAAUAUCUCUCAUGGAACAGAGAAUUGCAUUUUUAAUAAGACUGUUUUUUAGGUAAGACAUCUGCCAGUUUGGUAGACCACAUAAAAUUCCCAUGUAGAAGUGGAGCUUCUGUUUUGAAGCUGGUUAUAGGAUGGGUUUUUGUUGAAAUGUGCCUUAAAAGCCUGUCACUUCACGGGCGUGUGAUCAAUCCUGCGGCAUAGGGCCCACGUUCCUGAUCACAAAUGCACUCUCGUUGCUCAUGCUGAUACGAAUGGGUUACUGCCUCCAGCCUCGUGUGACAAUGACUUCUAAAGAUACAGGAGUUACAACUGAGUGGUGAGGUUUUUCAAGUCUGGGAUGACUACAGAUCCUCACAUUCGUUUCACAUUUUAUCUUAGAAUUGGGAGUUAGCCUAAGGCACUGUGUAGAUCUGUGUUGACGCUCAAGUGCGACUAUACCCAGAAAGGCCAAACUCUUGGCUACGGUGGCCGCACUAGGACAGUUUUGUUUGGUUUUAGGAGUUGCGAACGUGAAGAUUUGUAGAGCAGGACAGGCUUUUGAUUUUUGAGUCAACUACUUCUGGGUUGUGGUGGGAUUGACUCGCCGCUGUCUUAGCUAACUUUUAGUCGUGGAGAUCGAUGUGAGUGACCAGGAUAGAGUGCUUUCAAAGGAGUAGAAAUAAAAGCUGAUUAACAUUUACCAAGUGUU